GCUCUGGCAGUUAAAGUCAGCGAGCCAAGCUUUCACACACAUACACACACACACAUACACUCUCACUCAUAACACAGCGUAAAGGGAGAGAGAGCUGCUUCCACACACACACACACACACAGGGAACAAGCAGCAAUCCCUGAGGAACAGUGUCUGACUCUGAACCCAGUGAAGAAACAGCAGCUACCUCCUGCUCUCCUAACCUGGCAUCUCUCCCUUCAAGGCAAAGAGCGGGCUAGAAAAAAAAAAGCAACCAACAUUUAUUUGUGUUUGUUUAAAGCAACCUGAGAGGCUCAAGGAGGCAAGUUGAAGAGAAAAUGUACAGAGAUCUCCGGUGAAAAGAUCCAAGAGGUGUUACUGACUGAGUCAAUGAGGCACGGGGCGGCUCGGUCUGACUUGCCGUUCCUGGAGCCGCUGACAAGUUUCCAGUCCACGGGCUUCACACUGGAUUUACAAAUGACUUGAAAAUUUUCUCGACUUCUCUUCGUUUUUGCUGUUGAAUCCGCUGGAGGGGAAAACCCUUGAAGGGAGAUUCCUGACUGAAUCGGAUCAACAAUUCGGGAGCAUCAGUUUACUGAGCACUUGGCGCCAGCAGUUGUCAGUGGAAUCGCGGUGCUCAUGCCUGUGAAGCACACGCACAGAUGAUGUCUGAAGCUGGACAGGGCACUAAGAGUCUGAUUGGUGGCCGCUCUGGAGGAAUGAUCACCCUGUGGUACGCACUUUGCCUCUGUUUAGUCACUGUCACCAGCGUCCAAGCUGCCAGGCUCCGUAUUUCAGAAGCUCCAGAAAAAUCCACCCACCGUCCUCCCUCAGGGACAGAUUCUUUGGGAAGCCAGCACAACAUUCCAAAAGAGUCCGUUUUCAGCAAUGGGGACACAUUGGAUCUGACUUGCAAUUCCCAAGGUUCCUCAGUGGCUACGGUGUGGUUUAAAGAUGGACUUCGAAUUCUGCCCAACAACAGAACGCAAGUUGGACAGAGAGUGCUGAAAGUUAUCAAUAUUUCAUAUGAUGACUCAGGAGUUUAUUCCUGCAAACUCUGGGGCACCAGUGAGAUCCUGAGAAACUUCACAAUAAAAGUCACAGAUUCCCUGUCUUCAGGUGAUGAUGAAGAUGAUGAUGACGGAUCUGAAGAUGCAGGAGCUCCGUACUGGGCCCGGCCGGACCGAAUGGAGAAGAGACUUCAUGCAGUGCCAGCGGCUAACACUGUUCGCUUCCGGUGCCCUGCCGCAGGAAACCCCACUCCCACCAUCCACUGGCUGAAGAACGGCAAAGAAUUCAAGGGCGAGCACCGCAUCGGGGGCAUCAAGUUACGACACCAGCAGUGGAGUCUGGUCAUGGAGAGUGUCGUCCCCUCAGACCGUGGCAACUACACAUGCGUCGUCGAGAACAAAUAUGGCAGCAUUAGCCACACCUACCAGCUGGACGUCCUCGAAAGGUCUCCACAUCGGCCUAUCCUCCAGGCUGGACUGCCUGCAAACCAGUCGGUGGUCGUGGGUAGUGAUGUUGAAUUCCACUGCAAGGUCUUCAGUGACGCACAGCCACAUAUCCAGUGGCUGAAGCACGUGGAGGUGAACGGCAGCAAACUGGGCCCGGAUGGAGCUCCCUAUGUCAUGGUGCUGAAAGUAAGUGGCAGAUUGAUGCACAGUCCAACAGAGAAACAUGACAGUCCCACUUGUCGGUAUUCACAGACCCAAAGUGAAAAUUGCUUACUAUUUCUAUACUUUAUUCUUGUAGACGAUGCCACUGACAAAGACCUGUCUGACCUGGUGUCAGAAAUGGAAAUGAUGAAGAUGAUCGGAAAACAUAAAAAUAUUAUCAAUUUGCUUGGAGCCUGCACUCAGGAUGGUCCGCUUUAUGUCAUCGUUGAGUAUGCAUCGAAAGGCAACUUGCGGGAAUACCUGAAAGCCCGACGACCCCCUGGCAUGGAUUAUUCUUUUGACACAUGCAAAGUGCCAGAUGAACAGCUAACCUUCAAAGAUCUCGUAUCUUGUGCCUACCAGGUGGCACGUGGCAUGGAAUAUCUAGCUUCUCAAAAGUGUAUUCAUCGGGAUCUGGCAGCCAGGAAUGUGCUAGUGACGGACGACAAUGUGAUGAAAAUUGCCGACUUUGGCCUGGCCAGGGACGUGCACAACAUCGACUACUACAAGAAAACAACAAACGGGAGGCUGCCAGUGAAGUGGAUGGCUCCUGAAGCUCUCUUCGACAGAGUCUACACCCACCAGAGUGACGUCUGGUCAUAUGGAGUCCUGUUGUGGGAGAUCUUUACACUGGGAGGAUCUCCUUACCCCGGAAUCCCAGUAGAGGAGCUCUUCAAACUGCUGAAAGAAGGCCAUCGAAUGGACAAGCCAGCAAAUUGUACCCAUGAGCUGUAUAUGAUAAUGAGGGAAUGCUGGCAUGCCAUCCCAUCACAAAGACCGACGUUCAAACAGUUAGUUGAAGAUCUUGACAGGGUCCUGACGGUGACAUCAACUGAGGAGUACCUCGAUCUGUCAGCACCUUUUGAGCAGUACUCGCCAACAUGCCAAGAUACACACAGUACGUGUUCCUCCGGAGAUGACUCCGUUUUUGCCCACGAUGCUUUGCCUGAUGAACCUUGUCUUCCCAAGCACCAGCAGUGCAAUGGUGUCAUCAAAACAUGAGACUUAUUUGAGGCAAAAAGAAACAGGACUAUUGAAUGCUGAAUCACGGACAAUUCAUACUGAAGGAAAUACACUGAAUCAUCUGGGACUCCUGUCCUCACUUUACUUCCCAUCAUUUUUGAGCCUUACAUCUUCAAAUGCUGGACCCAUCUAAAACAAAAAGUACUGCUCAGCAUGAAGAAACAAUUUUACUUUUGGAAAACAGAAACAGAAAUGAAAUAUUUUGCAAAAAAAAACCCAGAGUUGAUGAAUCUUGACCUCUGGCAUUAUGACUGCUAAGGGAACCAUUCUGUGCCUAAGUUGAAAAGUGCGUGCUAAAGAAAGGAAAGUGAAACAAAAGACAAUUAUUUUUCUUUACAAAAGAGCAUUUAAAUACUUUUUAUUUGAGUGAAGCUGCAGAUUGCAGGAGAGUUGUAAAUAUAUAAAUAUGAAUAUUGUAUGAUAAUGUUUUUAAAAAAAGACAGUUGUAUACAUAUGAUUUGCUUGUUUAGAAAAAUCACAAAUAUAAACAUGACUACAACUAUGAGGAAGCAAAUCCUAAAGUCAUUGCAGUCUAGGAUAUUCAGUAUUAAUCUGGAAAUUAUUAAAGAAACACAUUGUGUAGUGAGUGAGGGGUAAAAUAGUUCAAAAAGCGUUAAUUAUUUGCAAUCUGAUUAGCACACUGUAUAUUUGUAAAGUUGUUCAUAGACUUUAACAUAUCAUUUUGGUUAAGAGAUUUAUGAGUAUAUAGCUUAUUUACUAAUUACUGUACACAUCUAUAGUUACCUAGGUUCUUAAUUUUUGUUUUUACUUGUUUAUAAUUUUUAAUUUAUUACCCGUUUAAAAUUGGUUAGACACAGAAGUAGAUUAUGGUUCAAGAGGAAAAAGAUAUUAGAAUCAAGUUUUCAGAUGUCAUGUAAAAUGAGCAUUGUCAGUUUUAAUUUUAGAUUGCAAUGAUUUUUUUUCUGUUAGUUAGAAAUUCGAUCCUAGAAUUGUACUGACUUUUCAUAACAAAUGAAGGUUUGCCCUUUGUGGCUGAUUUUUGAUCAAAACACAACAGAGCUGGAGUGUUGACUGUGAAUGUUAGCCACGUGGUGUGGAUCUGGUGCCUUCCUGGCAGCUGCCCUGUGAAGGAGAGCUGACUUUGCCGCAUAGGACAGUUGCAGGUGUGUGUGAAGUGCUCAUACUGAAUACCUAUUAGAAUCGGAGUGCGGCGAUGGAUUUUGGUCUUCCAGAGCUGGGCUUGUGUCUGGAGAGAGCAUUUUCAACGCUUAUUACAAGUAGGGUCAGAUUCUGGUGUCUGUUAUGGCUGGGGCAGUAUGACAUCACGAACCAAGCACGCCAUAUGAAAGGAGCAUAUUGCUCAACAUUAAAGCAGAUUGACAUACCUAUGAUUUACAUUUCUUUUCCCCACCCCCCCAACCCAUCUUGGCCCCCAUAGGGUAAUGGUGCCAAAAUAGGACAAGUGACAGCACUGAAUGUGCAAGUGUGUUGAGGUGUUGUGCUGGCACUUUGUAUUGUUGUAACGAGAGGGUGCAAUGAUAGUGAAUGUCCAUAGCAUGAGAAAAAGAAUUGCCAGUCAAUCAAUCUCUGAUGUCAGUCAUAUUUUGGUGACUUGCAAGUCACUCUCUUCUCUUUAUGCAGAUCGUGCCACAAGCACAACUUAUGUGGUGCAAUUUAAAUGUAACGUGCAAUUUUGCAGAGAAUUCAUUUGAGGUAAAGCCUUUUUUAAAUAAAAAAAGAAAAAUGACUAGAACAGAUGGCCAAAUAGGUAACUGUCAGUCACCUUCGUAGUAGACCAAGAAAACUUCUAACCCAGAAUAAAGUUCUCUUUGAUUUUAAGUAGGAUUCUGCAGAUGAAACGAAAUUGAAGAAAAAGUUUGGUGGGAUUCCUAUUAAAAUCAAUUAAAAUUCAAUUUGCCUCCCUUAAAUUUUAUUAGGACCGUGAAGCUCUUACUCUGUAGAACUACUAAUUUACUAGAUUGAUCUUAUCUGUUAACUCUUUGAUACAAAGGUAGGAGUUCUAUAGCUGUGUAAUUUUUGUAAAAUGAAAAGACACUUUGUUAUUUUCUUACCGAUCGCUGUUGUUGUACAUUCCAGGUACCUAAUGGAUAAAAAAAACUUUUCCAAUAUUUGAAAUUUGUGCAUGAUUUACAAAAAAAAAGAACUUAGAUAUAUAUCUAAUUUAUUGAGGUUUUUUUUACAAAAUAUAUGUAUUGUAGCUUUGACUGAACUUAACAUUUGAUAUCCAGUUCCCAUUAUGUAGAUGUAAUAGUAUCAAGCAUUACGGGCAAUAGAUGAGAUCCCUAAUUUGUUUUGUGGUUAAUUUGAACCACUGCCUAUAAUUCAUACAUUCACACUCUUAGUAGACAGAGGUAAGCUGAUGUAAAACUGUAAAAUCUACAUUCAAACCUAUUUGCCUGCCUGAAGCCUGUAAAAGGUCACAAAUGGUUGUGUUGGAGUUUAAAAAGAAACUAGCACUGAACAAUAUCUGUCUGCCUUUAUGAAACUUUGUUAUUAACAUGGAACUGUUCCAUUCCACAAAAAUAAAAGGAUAUUGUUUUAAAAUGCAA